UAUACACGAUCCACCCAGUCUACUUGUGUAUUUUUUCCUUAAAUCAUACAAGGAAGUCAUCUAGUGAUAAAAAAAAAUCUAGAUAUUUGAUAUGAUAAGAAGUGUGGCAAUGGUUGUAUAGUUUCAUUAGGUGUGGUGUUCCGUGUUAAAUCAUUUGCAGAGGAAUUUGAUAUCCAAGUGGAUUAUUAUUUGGAUUGUUUUAUUUUAUAUCUUUUGUUAAAAGAGGGCUUCCAAGAUGGCUGUUGAUCCAGAAAUUCGCUUUACAAAACUAGAAAAAAUUGGUAAAGGAUCUUUCGGUGAAGUGUUUAAAGGAAUAGACAAUGAAACACAAGAAGUUGUAGCAAUAAAAAUAAUAGACUUAGAAGAGGCAGAGGAUGAGAUUGAGGAUAUUCAGCAGGAAAUAAUGGUUCUCUCACAGUGUGAUAGUCCAUAUGUCACAAAGUAUUAUGGUUCAUACCUAAAGGGUUCGAAUCUGUGGAUUCUGAUGGAGUAUCUGGGCGGCGGGUCAGGAUUAGAUUUAAUGAAGGCGGGACCAUUCUCGGAAAACGAUAUAGCCAUUAUUUUACGUGAAAUUAUCAAAGGCUUAGAUUAUUUGCACUCAGAGCGGAAACUUCAUAGAGACAUUAAAGCUGCCAAUGUGUUACUAUCAGAGCAGGGAGAUGUUAAACUUGCUGACUUUGGAGUGGCGGGCCAGCUCACUAAUACGAUGAAUAAAAGGAACACAUUUGUAGGAACACCAUUCUGGAUGGCACCAGAAGUUAUUAAACAGUCAGCAUACGACACAAAGGCUGAUAUAUGGAGUUUAGGUAUAACAGCGAUAGAAUUAGCCAAAGGUGAACCUCCAAAUUCCGAUUUACAUCCGAUGCGGGUCCUUUUUCUCAUUCCAAAGAACAAUCCACCACAGUUGAUAGGAAACUAUAGUAGACUGUUCAAAGAAUUUGUAGAAUUGUGUUUAAAUAAAGAUCCAAAUAACAGACCGUCAGCAAAAGAUUUAUUACGGCAUCCGUUUAUACGUAAGGCAAGAAAGACGUCAUUUUUACAAGAUUUAAUAGAUCGGUAUAAACGGUGGAAGAUUGAGCGAGGAAAUGUGGCGGACUCCGACAGUGACGACAGUAAUGAUGAUGUAGAUUCUGGCGAUGAGAACGACACCGUAACCUGGCUCCUAGACACAGUUAGAGACAACGAUCCAAAUGUCCUAGAAAAAUUGAACAACAAAAUCACCAAUGGUGAUACAGACAGUCGUCUGAUAGGAGGGAACAAACGACAGGCCCCUGCUGCACCUACAUCACAAAGUCUUAAUAAUAUUCAUGUAGCCCCACAGGUGCAACAUCAUACAGGGCAGGUGUCCGGACAACGAAUCAGCUCGUACGGGCCAUCCGAGCCCUCUCAGCAGUCACGGCUUGGGUCUAAUAGCAUGCAAACCAUCCCACAAUCCUCCCAGCAGGGCGAUUCACGAGUUCCGCAACAGCAGUAUAACCCCGCGGCACGCCAUGCUGGGCCUCAGUUAGGGCCUAUAAUACAUGAACGAUCUGGCUCGGCACCAUCACUUUCAUCUGUAAAUGAUUCCAGACCAGAGCCAAGGUCAGGGCAUGUGAUUCACUCGAGGAGUAGGUCUGAUAUAUCACGCGGUCCGGUCGUCUCGCCAAAACCGUCCUUUAACCGGACGAGUCAGCCGACCAAUGCCGUAUAUAUCAAUCCUAAUUUUGAAAACGUCCCACAGUAUUCGAGACCCAAGUCCCAGUACGAUAUACCUAACCAUCACUCGUCUCCUGCUGCGGCCGCCGCUGUCUCCAGUCAGUCAUACCUCAUGCGUAACAGGCAUGAAGGUUCCCCACACAGAUACGUAACUGGUCAACCACCAGUACAGCCUAAGCCAGCAAGGCCCGGCUCUGUGGGAGACCUGCCUCAGUUAUCAGUCAGCCUUACAACUGCCAUUCUACCUUUACUUGUACAGUUGAAGGAUGAAUAUAGGGAAGAUUACAGACGUAAUGGUCGUCCAGUACAGAGAACCGAAGCUGCUGAAGAAUUGAAGAACGCGUUUGACCUUGCUGAGAGGUCAUGUCCUGGUAUUGCAGACGAGUUGGUCACAGGCAUACUGAGUAAACUCGGUAGUCUUACGUUAUCGGACACUGACGUAAGGCGUGCAGUAGAUAAAGUUAAGAGACCGGUGUAGUAAUAUAUGAAGUUAAUAUCGUCAACCAUUAUACCUGUCCAUUCCAUAAAAGUGUAAAUAUAUCUUCAUACCAAAUUUGAGCUGGUAGCCGGCUGCACAGCCAUCACAGGAGAUUGGGAACCAGCUUUAUCCAAAUUUAACAAGUGGAGUUAGUUCCCUUGCCUUUCAAUGCAAGGUUAACUUUCCUUGCUUAUAUAUCCCACAGUUAGUGGGCUGUCACUUUAUAUAUAAUCUGUUCAAAUAUAUAUAAAUAUAUAUUCCAAGAGGAGUUUUGUUUAGACAAAAAAAAUGAAAAAAAAGCGAUGUGCCAAGUAACAGAAAACUUAAAGUAGCAGGAAAAAGUUUGUAUUUUAUUUAUAUUUAAAGGAAAUUGUAUUCAAAUUGGAGCACCUAGAAUGUGUUUCUGUUUGGAGUUCAGCAGAACAUGUAUAGUUAAUGUAUUGUUAAAAUAAAAAAAAUGCCGUUCACCAAGAACAAUUUGUUUGGUGUGCUCAGAUUCCACAGAUUCUGGUAUUGACAGAAACAAACAGACAAAACAAUUGUUGUAUUAUAAACUUGGAAA